AAAAAAUAAAAAUCACCACACCGAGGGCAGAAUAACAAAGCCCCAAGAGACAAAAGGGGAGAAACCCAAGACGGAAAGAGAUUAUAUCAUCGUCAGGAAAAAGAAACGCCAGCACCUGCACCUGCACCUGCACCUGCACCAAGCACCAAGCACCCAGCAUAUCCCUUACAGGUAGACACCAAUCAAGACGACCACCACGACCACCACCACCAACACUUCGGCCAGCACCCAUUAUACGCCAUUACAGGUAUAGCAGCACAGCUACAGGACACACAGAACACAAGACACAGGACAGCGCACACCCACCCACAGCAGUACAUGAUACACCAUCCUCAUCACUACUUCCUGCCAGCCCGCCUCGCAUGACGCAGUGUUCCUCCCAGCGGGAUUCCUCCUCUGCCAGCCUCAGCCAACCCAACUUAGAAGCCAUCGACCAGUUAACUCGCUUCGGCCAGGGCCUCGACGUUCAGGCCUGGCACCGGCACGACUGGGCGGCACCAGCGCUGACGCCGACGCCGACGCCGACGCCACCAACAACAACAGCGCCAACAACAACAACACACCACGGCGGCCCGAUACGUCCACCACCAAACUCACAACCACAUUUGAUAAUACAUUCACCACCACCACCACCACCACCGCCGCCGCCGCCGCCGCAUGCUCAACCUCGACGCCCACAGCCACACCCUUCUCUCCAAGACACUGUCUCGAAUCCUCGCCGUGGCCCCUCUCCCUUCCAUGCCCCGGCAGACUCAACUGCCGCUGCCGCCGACCUGCGAUUGGCUCACCGCCCAGUCACCGCCGACCCUCGACGACCCUCUUCACACUCCAUGGCCACGGCGACACGCAAACGCAGCCGUGAGGCCUUUGAAAUACACGAGGAUCCCCCGCACGCCCGCACCGAAGACACCGAGAUGAUGACCGGCUCCGAGCAACAUACCGAAGAGGUCGACGACGACGAAGAACCUGACGACGUCGACAACGAACCCUCUGAUGACAGCUCCGACGACGACGACAACGUUGUCGACUCGGCCGUUCAGCGCGACAUGGACCGCCUACAAGACGGCUAUCCUGGCUUCCGCCAAAAGUACCGUCUGAUCAAGCGCAUUGGCGAAGGCACCUUCUCAACCGUCUACAAGGCAGAAGACCUCCAGUACGACCGCUAUGACAACGAUUGGGACAUUGAAGAGAAGGACAACCCCGCCGCGAAAUGGACAUCGCCGCCCCUGAAGCCCUACCCGGCCGCCGCCGCCACGACGAUGCGCGAACCCCGCCGUCGCGCCCGCUACGUCGCCAUCAAGAAGAUCUACGUCACAUCGUCCCCGACGCGCAUCCUCAACGAGCUCGAGCUGCUGCAUGAUCUGAGAAACUGCGCCGCCGUGUGUCCCCUGAUCACCGCCUUCCGCUCCACGGACCAGGUCGUUGCCAUUCUCCCCUACUUCCGACACGAGGACUUCCGCGACUACUUCCGCCAGAUGAAGGUCUCGGACAUGGCCAUCUACCUUCGCAGCUUGUUCACCGCACUCAAGGCCGUCCACGAACACAAGAUCUUGCAUCGCGAUAUCAAACCCACCAAUUUCCUCUACGACCCGCAAUCGCGACGCGGCGUGCUUGUCGACUUUGGCCUCGCUGAGCGUGAGGGCUCCGACAGCAAGCCCUGCCUGUGCCACGAGAGCAGGGACGUCCGCAAGCAGAGGAUCACUAACAGCGCGGCAUCGCAGAACGGGCCCCAACAAGGCUAUCCCAAGAACGACACCCGCCCGUCGAGGAGAGCAAACCGUGCCGGCACCCGGGGCUUCCGCGCUCCCGAGGUGCUAUUCAAGUGCACCGAGCAGACGACAAAGAUCGACAUCUGGUCGGCCGGCGUCAUCCUCUUGACCAUUUUGAGCAAGCGAUUCCCCUUUUUCAACAGUGCAGAUGACGUAGAGGCCAUGAUCGAGAUCGCCACCAUCUUCGGCGUCAAGCGUAUGAAGCAGGCCGGCCUGCUGCACGGCUGCAUGUUCGAGACCAACAUCCCCACUGUCGGCAGCGUCGGCUUUUCCCUGGGCAAAAUCAUCCUGUGGUCCACCUGCCGCACCGAUGGCAGCAGGGACGGCCAGCCGGGAAUCCCCCUGACCGACGAGGAGACAACGGCCGUCGACUUCUUGGAGCGGUGUAUGGAGCUCGAUCCCGCUCGGCGCAUCAGUGCCAAGGAGGCGCUGGAGCACGACUUCCUCAAAGAGCCCCAACCCAAGCAGGCGGCCGAGGUGACCGAUAUUGAGCCAGACAUCGUGGAGGAUGAUGAUGAGAUGGACAUUGUGCAGGUGUAAUGAUAAUGUUUUGGAACCUACCAUGAUGAAGCAUCUUAUAAAGAGCACAGUGAGGGAACGGUCCCUAUAACCCGUGCAUGUUUGUGAUAAAAGACGAUGGGUGCACCAAUAUGAGGGUUUGGAGUUUAGAGGUUUUCGGAUGGACGGUGGCAUUGCGGUUUCGAGGCUACCAUAGGGUGAGACGAACUGGGAGGCUCAGUCUCCCAAAAUCGCGACAUUAUAUAGACAGGAGCAAGUCAACAUAAUAUAAUCCCAUUGAGUGGUAUCCGUCCGUUCAGCUUUCUUGCUUUUGAAUUUCCACAAACGCCAUAAAUGCACGAGAUCAACCGCCACAAGAGGUCACAAUGCCGAGAAUGAUUGAUUGGAAGAGCCGUUUUUGUU